GUCUCGCGGCUCCAGAGCUGACUGAACCGCCGACGGGAGCGGAGCUCGUGCGUGGCGCGAUUGUCUGCUUAAAACAAAGUGAGAAAAAGAGACGUAAGAAAGUAAACGAACAAAUAAUAAAUUAAAAAAAAGAAAGAACUAGCGGAUACCACGUCGAAAAAGAGCAGUCUGGAUGGGGUUUACCGUCUCCCCCGUUUGAAGGGUUUCCUCGCCGAGUUUCCAGAGCACGGAAGGUGGCUGCGUUGUGAUCGCGUUGUUGACCGGACUCGCGAAUGUUUUCUCCCAGUCAGGAGGAGCACUGUGCCCCGAACAAGGACCCUGUGACCUACGGGCAGCUCGUCGUGCUGGGGUACAACGGGUCCCUCCCGAAUGGAGACCGCGGCCGCAGGAAGAGUCGGUUCUCGCUCUACAAGAGAGCCAAGGCCAACGGGGUGAAACCCAGCACUGUGCACGUCAUCAACACACCCCAGGCCAGCAAGGCGGUGAACUGCAAGGGGCAGCACAGCGUCUCGUACACGCUGUCUCGCAAUCAGACGGUGGUGGUGGAGUACUGUCACGACAAGGAGACGGACAUGUUCCAGAUUGGCAGGUCGACUGAGAGCCCGAUUGACUUUGUUGUGACAGACACGGUGUCGGGGGGGGCGGGGGGCGAGGAGACCCCCGUCACUCAGAGCACAAUCUCGCGGUUCGCGUGCCGUGUGGUGUGUGAGCGCAGCCCCCCCUACACUGCCAGGAUCUACGCAGCGGGGUUCGACACGUCCAGGAACAUCUUCCUCGGGGAGAAGGCUGCCAAGUGGAAGAAUCCGGACGGUCACAUGGACGGGUUGACUACCAAUGGGGUGCUGGUGAUGCACCCGAGGGGCGGGUUCACUGAGGAGUCCAAGCCGGGGGUGUGGCGAGAGAUCUCUGUGUGUGGAGACGUGCACACCCUGCGAGAGACGCGGUCCGCACAGACACGGGGCAAACUGGUGGAGAGCGAGAGCAAUGUGCUGCAGGACGGCUCGCUGGUGGACCUCUGUGGGGCCACGCUGCUGUGGCGCACGGCGGACGGGCUCUUCCACACGCCCACGCUGAAGCACAUCGAGGCUCUGCGGCAGGAGAUGAACGCGGCCCGGCCGCAGUGCCCCGUGGGGCUCAACACCCUGGCCUUCCCCAGCAUGCAGCGCAGCCGCGACCUGACCGCGCUCGAGGACAAGCAGCCCUGGGUCUACCUCUCCUGCGGCCACGUGCACGGCUACCACAACUGGGGCCACCGCUCCGAGAGGGAGCCCAACGCCCUGCGGGAGUGCCCCAUGUGCCGGACUGUGGGCCCCUACGUGCCGCUGUGGCUCGGCUCUGAGCCUGCCUUCUACGUGGACUCUGGGGCCCCGACCCACGUCUUCGUGCCCUGCGGCCACGUGUGCUCGGAGAAGUCCGCCAAGUACUGGUCCGAAAUCCCCCUGCCCCACGGCACGCACGCCUUCCACGCAGCUUGCCCCUUCUGCGCCACACAGCUGGGGACCACGCAGGGCUGCGCGAAGCUCAUCUUCCAGGGACCCAUUGACUGAGGAGGGGGGGAGCAGUACUGUGAUGCUCCAGCUCCUCCGGAUCAUGUUUAUACUGGUGCGGUGCGGUGCGGGGAGGGGGGGGGGAGCAGUACUGUGACGCUCCAGCUCCUCCUGAUCUUGUUUAUAUUGUGGGAGGAGGGAUUGAUCAGGGUGACGUCAGUUGCUGCAGUGCUGGUUACGAAGCAACCCUUCACACAGCCUGACCCACUUUUUUUUUUUUUUGCUGUUAUUAUCCUGGAUGUAGCCGGUCAGAGUUGUUUUUUUAAAUUAUUUUGUAUUAUCCUGGAUGAACUUGCGGCAGAUCUGAGUUGUUGAUGCAACUAGGUAGCAAAUAGGAUCUUCAAAUUGUUUUGUCUUUUAAUCUGUUUGAGAUUUGCUAUCCACCCCUUGUGUAUCUCCACUGAAGCCACUGGGGGUGAAUGAGUGGGGCGGGGCGGGGCGGGUGGAUGAUGCCUAAAUGGCAAAAACAAAAUUGUGGUCCUUGUAGCCAGUGUGUCCAACUGUAAUGAGCAACGUGGCGUCACCUCUGAUUGAGUGAGUUUUUUCAAGUUUGGGUUUGGAGGGGUGGGGGGGCGGGAAGCUGGGACAGACUAAACCCACCCGGGACCUGGAAACUGAUUUGAAUGAGAGAAGCGUCUCCUGUUUUUACUGUAUAAACUGUAACCCAACACCCCUGAGCUGCUUCUGUGUGGAGUUUCUUAAAAUAAGACUCCCGCUGCAGAGCAGUUUGAUCCACUUCUGGAUUAAGAAGCCAUCAGGACCAGUGUUGGGCACCAGCCUAUAGUCACAUCUAGAGCACUGUGCCAUCUACUGGACAUGCAGGGUACUUCAGUGUCUGGAAUUGCAUUAUUUAUGAAAAGCAGGUUCCUUGACCUGUGGCUUCAGUCUGUCCCUGGGAACGAGGGUCAUUUUUACAGGAGCACAUUCAUAUUUAACGGAGGAAGGGGGCAGGGCACGGGAGUGGGAUGGGGAGGGUUUACAAACAAGAAAUUUCUUAAUUGUUUAAAAAUUUCACUGGACUGAUUCUUCUAAUGAGUAUUUUACUACACUGAGGCCCUUGUACAGUUUUAUAAUUUAAAUGAAGUUUAAUAUAUUAUCUCGUGUACGCCUGGGUGGGUGUGUGUGGGUGUGUAUAUGGAUAGAUGGCUUGUGUACAGGGUGGCUGUGAAGUCACUAAGACUGCUUUGCUCUGCUGCUGUGGGAAACCCUUCACUCCAGAGGAACCUGAGGGUCAGUAGACCAGUACUGGACUCUCCAUGCCUGCUUGGGAAUCUCCUUCUCAAUGCUCCUCCUGAUUCCGAUCUUACAAUACAGGCGCGUGGAGGCGAGGCAUUACAUAAGCACAGAGCUUGUGACGUCUUGACUGGAUCCAAUCUUUAGAAGCUGGAAUGAUGAUGCAUGCCAUUGCAGGAGCGGUGCAGAGCAGGGCAGUGUCUCUCAGAGCCUCCCCUGAGCUGGAGCUGCAGACACACACAUGCGCUGGGUGAUCGUACUCGAGGUGCAGAGCAGGACAGUGUCUCUCAGAGCCUCCCCUGAGCUGGAGCUGCAGACACACACACGCUCAGGCUAGCCUGUUAAACUCUCACUGCUGAUUUUCAUUUCUGGCUUCCAUCUGCAAGCUGUUGGGGUGUUUUUGUUUUUUGUUUUUUUCUUUAACGCUCCGUCUCCCUUCAGGGACAAAAGAAAGGCUUGUGGCUAAAUCGCGUCUCUUAUUUUUUUAAAUUUGUGGGAUAGUGCUGAGCUGUUUUGACCUUUUUUUAUGAGCAUGGAAAACAUGAACAGCCUGGCUCUCCUCGGAGUCUCUUCUCGAUCUAAUCAGACCAGUUGCUUUUCAGAUUUGACUGUGAGCGAAACGUGGCUGUCCUGGUGUGGGUGUCAGGGACUGACUGGUUCAGCUCACAGUGAGACCUGCGCUUCCAGGGGGAGCCUUAGUUCCAUGGUGGUAGAUAAUUGUGGUGGGGCACUUAGCCUGGGGCAAUGCUUGAGGACCAGGGGCAGCGGUAUUUCCAGAAGUACGUUAAAAGUAAAAAAAAUAUAUAUAUAUAUAAAAAUUCUGUUCAUGCACGAGACCCAUGAAACUGACCAGACUUGGUUAGUUCUGAGAAUGAACUGGAAAGUGUGUAAUCUGCAGCGCCCCUGUGCUUGUGUCCCCUUUUAAGUUUAUUUUAAGUGGCCCUUUUUUAUUUAAUUUGAAUUUUUUUUUUUUUUUUUUUUAAAAGCAUAGUUUAUCAUAAAAAGGAGUCCUUCGUAACAUAAAUGAUCACUGGUGCUAAAUUUAGAAGUACUGAUUUAUACUGAAACUUUUAUAGCGGCUCCCUGGUCUGCUUCAGAAGAGCUUUGCUCUGGUUCGAGGGCUCUGCUCCGGCGUGCUUGCUCUGGUUCGAGGGCUCUGCUCCGGCGUGCUUGCUCUGGUUCGAGGGCUCUGCUCCGGCGUGCUUGCUCUGGUUCGAGGGCUCUGCUCCGGCGUGCUUGCUCUGGUUCGAGGGCUCUGCUCCGGCGUGCUUGCUCUGGUUCGAGGGCUCUGCUCCGGCGUGCUUGCUCUGGUUCGAGGGCUCUGCUCCGGCGUGCUUGCUCUGGUUCGAGGGCUCUGCUCCGGCGUGCUUGCUCUGGUUCGAGGGCUCUGCUCCGGCGUGCUUGCUCUGGUUCGAGGGCUCUGCUCCGGCGUGCUUGCUCUGGUUCGAGGGCUCUGCUCCGGCGUGCUUGCUCUGGUUCGAGGGCUCUGCUCCGGCGUGCUUGCUCUGGUUCGAGGGCUCUGCUCCGGCGUGCUUGCUCUGGUUCGAGGGCUCUGCUUUUUUUUUUUUUCUGUCCUGAACACUCCUCUGUCCAGGAGCUCUGAAGCUGGUUUGUACUUUAACCUUUGUACGAGUGCUGGUGCACUCCAGAAAGCUUACUUUACUAAAUAAAAACAACCAAAUCAAA